AGCUUCUGUCUGUCAAUGGAGCAGCGAUUCCACCACCUCGCGCGCUAAUAAAGCACCUGAUUAACUGCUCUUGGAGACAAAUGCUGCAGCAGCGGCAGACGACGACUCCAGGCAGAUGCCGCGUCCCGCACAGCUACCCACGUCCUAGCUCUAGCCAUGUCGACCAUUAUUAUAGCUCACUCACACACACAGUCACACUCACUCACUCACUCACUCUCCAGCUCCACUCCUUGAGCCGUACCACGCGCGUACGGUAGCCCGUGACCGUGAGAGAGCAGAUGCCGCAGUCGUCGUCUUCGUUGGACGCGGCCGCCAAAGGCCGCCACGCGCACGCGCCGUCUCCCUUCUUCUCCCGGGGGCGCGCCGGCACCGGCAGCAAGCUCGUGUCAGCUUCCUCCCACCUUCUCUUCCGCGCCACCGUCCUCGCCACCAUCGCCCUCGUCUGCCUCUUCGCCGCCCACUACCCCUCCCUCCUCUCCCACUCCUUCCGCCUCUCCUCCCCCACCUCAUCGCCUCACCGGAGCCUUCUAGGCUCUUCGUCUUCCUCCUCUUCUUCUUCCUCAGCGCCGGCGUUCGGGACCGCCGCCUGGGACCGCGCGGUGCGCCGGAGCGCGACGCCGCGGCGAGCCAACGGCAUGUCGGUGCUCGUCACGGGCGCCGCGGGGUUUGUCGGGUUCCACUGCGCCAUGGCGCUCGCGGCCCGGGGCGACGGCGUCGUGGGGCUCGAUAACUUCAACGCCUACUACGACGUCUCCCUCAAGCGCUCCCGCCAGCGCCUCCUCGCAGAGAGCUCCCAUGGCCACGCGGGGGUGCUCGUGCUCGCCGGCGACAUCAACGACGCCGCCCUGCUCCGCCGCCUCCUCUCGGGCUCCGGCGCCGCCUUCACCCACGUGCUCCACCUCGCCGCCCAGGCCGGCGUGCGCCACGCCCUGCGAGACCCGCAGUCCUACGUGGCGUCCAACGUGGCCGGCCUCGUCAACCUCCUCGAGUCCGUCGCCGCAGUCAGCAACUCCUCUCGGCCCGCUGUCGUGUGGGCCUCCUCGUCCUCGGUGUACGGCCUCAACGACAAUGGCAGCAAUGGCGGAAGGCCCUUCUCGGAGGAGGACAGGACGGACAGGCCGGCGUCGCUGUACGCGGCGACGAAGAAGGCUGGGGAAGCGAUCGCGCACGCCUACAGCAGCGUCCACGGGCUCUCCGUAACGGGCCUCCGCUUCUUCACCGUGUACGGGCCCUGGGGCCGGCCCGACAUGGCCUACUUCGCCUUCGCCCGCGCCAUCGUGGCCGGCGACCCCGUCACGCUCUACGCCGGCGCCACCCGCGACUUCACCUUCAUCGACGACGUCGUCCGCGGCUGCCUCGCCGCGCUCGACGCCGCCAAGAAGAAGAAGCUCAACCGGGUGUACAACAUCGGCAACACGGAGCCGGUGCCCGUGGCGCGCAUGGUGGCCGUCCUCGAGAAGCUGCUGGGAAAGAAGGCGAGGAAGCGGGUCGUCGCCAUGCCCCGGAACGGCGACGUGCUCUUCACGCACGCUAAUGUCAGCCUCGCCGCGCGCGACCUCGGGUACCGCCCCACCACGCCCCUCGACGCCGGACUCCGGCGGUUCGUCGACUGGUUCCUCCGCUACUACAAGAUCGACAAUGGCGCCGCCGCCGGAGGCAAGCAGCAGCCGCCGGCCAAGAGGAAGAAAUCCGCCAUGUCCGCCGCCGCGUGAGGAUAAAUCUCAUUGUUGCCUUGCCAUGCACUUCUGCGUCGAUCAACCAUUGUUUAAGCCAAUGUCGCUUUCGAUUCUUGAGGAUGAUGCCACCAUGCUGGAGCUUAGUGGGAAGGGAAUCAUGGAGGUGGCAAAGGGAAGGGGAUUCUUUCUUUCUUUCGUUGCGUAAGCAGACUAAACUAUUUAGGGGAAGAAAAGAUUGGGGUGGUAUACGAAAGGCCAGAGGCAGGACACGGAGCAAGAAAGAUGAGGCCACUGGCUUCCCUUUUGGUUCUGGAUUGUUUCUGCUCAGCUUCUUUUCCUUUCUUUUUUUUGUGCCAUUCACUCUUAUUCACCAUUUGGUUAAUAAUCAGUCUUGUAACCUGUGGAAUGUGAAUGAUCAUGGCAAGAAACACAGAAUUACUGUGCUGGAUGUAAGUCCAAGCAUCUGCAGUUUUCCAGGCUGUCCAAAAUACACUUCGAA